UUAAACCAGGCCCCGUACUUGUAUAACGGAAAAUCGAAGAAAUUUCAGUCAUCUUGGAUUGAGGCCUGUGAUUAUUGAUAAUGCUAGCAACCCUAAGAUCUCGAGCUCGUUCUUUUUCUCCUGUUCUUCAAUUAUGGAAACUGGACUUUUUAGGGUUUCAUCGCUCAUUGUCGUCGUCGUCGUUAUCGGGGACUAAUCUAGGGUUUUUAGACCUCCAAGAGGUCGAGAAGGUUCUCAAUGACGUAAAGGCAGAUGACGUUAAGGUGAUUCCCGUUCGAAACCAGUGCGAAUGGACUGAUUUCAUGGUGAUCGCCACGGGUAGAUCGACCUGGCACGUCAGGAACAUCGCUGAAGCCCUCGUUUAUAAGGCGAAGCAGAAGCAGAAAGGGGCUCAAAGGUUGUUGUUACCCAGCGUCCAAGGGCACGAAGGAGGGAAAUGGAUUGUCGUCGAUUCUGGCACGGUGAUUGUUCACGCCCUUGACGAGAAAGCGAGAGCUUACUACAAUUUGGAAAGCCUGUGGACCACGGAAAUGUCUCCUUCGGGACCUAACCAG